GCCGGGCUAAAGCCCUGUCCCGGCUGCCUGGAGCGAGCUAGGCAAUAGCGACGCUGGGGACGCUUGUGUCCGACCUAAGGCACGGGGGGACCGAGCGCUACCUUCUGGGCUGGCCGCUCCCGUAGGGGGCGGCUACCGCUGAGCCUCGCCCGGGCCGUGUGAGGCGGCGCCCCCUGCUCGCUGGCUGCGGACGCUGCUGGGAGCUGAGCCGAGCCGAGCCCAGCCGCCUGGAGCGGGGAUGUCCGCGCCGUGCUGCGCGGGCCAGUUGGCCUGUUGCUGUGGUACUGCUGCUUGCUCCCUGUGCUGCAAAUGCUGCCCCAAGAUAAAGCAAUCUACGAGCACCCGUUUCAUGUAUGCACUUUACUUCAUACUGGUAACGCUCAUCUGCUGUAUCAUGAUGUCAAGAACAGUAGCUACUGAAAUGAAAGAGCGCAUUCCUUUUUAUGAGCACAUCUGCAAAGGUAUUAAAGCAGGUGAAACGUGUGAGAAGCUAGUGGGAUACUCUGCGGUAUAUAGGGUCUCUUUUGGAAUGGCAUCUUUCUUCUUUAUCUUCUUCUUACUUACUAUCAAAAUUAACAACAGCAAAAGCUGCCGAGCAUACAUUCACAAUGGGUUCUGGUUCAUUAAGCUUCUAGUUUUGGCAGCCAUGUGCUCAGGCGCUUUCUUCAUUCCAGAUCAAGACACCUUCCUUAAUGCCUGGCGCUAUGUAGGUGCAGCAGGAGGAUUCCUUUUUAUAGUCAUUCAGCUUAUCUUGCUUGUGGAGUUUGCGCACAAAUGGAAUAAAAACUGGACGUCGGGCACAACACAUAAUAAACUGUGGUAUGGCUUACUAGCUCUGGGCACUCUCAUCUUGUACUCCGUUGCUGUGGGAGCCGUGAUUUUGAUGGCUGUCUUUUAUACACGCUCUGAGGGCUGCACAUACAACAAGAUCCUGCUUGGUGUAAAUGGUGGCCUGUGCAUUCUUAUUUCAUUGGUAGCCAUCUCACCCUGUGUCCAGAGUCGCCAACCACACUCUAGUUUGUUGCAGUCAGGAGUUAUCAGCUGCUAUGUCAUGUAUCUCACGUUCUCAUCUCUGUCAAGCAAACCAUCAGAAACUAUCUUGGAUGAGAACCAUAAGAACAUUACAAUCUGCGUACCUGACUUUGGCCAGGGCUUGCACGGAGAUGAGAACCUGGUUACUGGAUUGGGCACUGCUCUUCUGUUUUGUUGCAUUUUAUAUUCUUGUUUGACCUCAACAACUCGUUCAAGCUCUGAAGCACUGAGAGGAAUAUAUGCAACGCCUGAAACUGAAGUAGCUCGUUGCUGCUUUUGCUGUGCACCUGAUGGAGAUGCUGACACCGAAGAGCAUGUUGAAGAAAGGGGCGGUCAGACUGUAAUUUAUGAUGAAAAGAGAGGCACGGUAUACAGCUAUGCUUACUUCCACUUCGUUUUCUUCUUGGCUUCUCUCUAUGUGAUGAUGACAGUAACUCACUGGUUCCAUUAUGAAGGUGCUGAGAUUGAAAAAUUCUUCAGUGGAACCUGGUCCAUCUUCUGGAUUAAGAUGGCGUCAUGUUGGGUGUGUGUCCUACUCUACCUAUGGACUCUUGUAGCACCUCUCUGCUGUCCAACCCGACAAUUCUCAGUGUGAGACUUCACAAGUGCUAUUCUGUUACAAAUACAUCAGUCACUUCGAUGGAGAAAUAAGUCUAUCAUCAGGUGUCUAACAUGCUGAUUAGUUACCUCUUGUCCGAUAAAACUAUAGAUCUGAAGACUUCCUCUUUUUUUUAACCAUUUUUUUUAACUGUCUGAACAAAAAUGGAGCUCCAUGGAACAAAUCUAUUCAAAGACAGUGUUGCAACACUGAUGCAGAAGGGUGGGGAAAAUAUGGGUAAUGUUACAUAAACUGGAAUAAAUAAAACAGUUGUAGAAUAAC